CCAGAACUGUAUCACUGUCUAUUUUCUGCUGAUUCACGAGACAGCUGCCACCUACAGGACGCACAUUGAAUUCUGCUCAUCACUAUCAGACGCUUUCAGUUCACUUGCUGCAAAUAGCUGUUUCUACGGUACCCUAGAAAGUGGUAUGAUGUAUCAGGACUGCAAUAAUUCUUAUUAACCGAUUGUCACUUUAUAGAAAUGCUCGCUGAUCUGCAUUAUAUUCCCGUGGAUUACAUCGUAUUUUAAUUAAAAGCCGUUAUGGAGAAACGGACAUCCGAAAAGGCCUCGAAUAAACGAUGCAUUUAUCAUCUUCAUGGAAAAAUGUGAAAACUGCAACGUGGAUUUCAUUACAGAGGAUAUUCAGCACCGGAAAGUUGGUGGUGCAACAGUGCUGAGAAAAGCAGAAUUGGACAUCUUGCUGCGGCCUUUUUGUCCCUUCACUGGAUCUAUUUUUACACAAUCAGUGUAAUCAUACCCAUAAAGGAAGAGUAAAAAAAAAAGUUUUUCUGGUGAUCUGUAAAAAUGGUGGCAGGGUAUAGUUUUAGGAUCUGUAAGGGUCGCUUUGGGAAGCGAGGAGGCCAUUUAAAAUGUACCCAUUACUUCUUCAUAAUAGUCUUCUGUAUCUCCCUGCUAGCUUUACUCUUUAUUGACGUAAUUGAAUUGUGGGUAACCUCGCUGGGCAUGAGCAGAGUGAUAGGUCCUCACGAAGUAGUCCUUCCACACAGCAUACCCCCGACCCGUUCCGAAGAGUACUUGCUUAUGCCUAGCAUCCACGUCUGCCAGCGUGCCAAACCUUACCUCAUCAUUUUGGUGGCAACCGCCCCUCACAACAGAAAGGCCCGCCAAGCCAUUCGAGACACCUGGGGUGGGGAAGUACAAGUCAGGGGUCACAGAGUCAUGACCCUCUUCAUUGUAGGUCAGCCAUCUGACCCAGUUAUUGGCAAAGAAUUAUUAGAAGAGUCAAAGGAGCGUGGGGACCUCAUACAGGGUCGCUUCAUGGACUCCUAUGGCAACUUGACCCUGAAAACUCUGUCUAUGCUGGGCUGGGCACGCCGUUUCUGUCCACAGGCUCACUACCUGGCUAAGGUAGAUGACGAUGUAAUGUUCAACCCUAGUGCACUGCUGCAGUAUCUCAACCUCAGCUUUAAAACAGAAGAAAAUGACCUCACAGAACUUUAUCUGGGUCGGGUCCACAUGCAGGUAGCACCGGACCGCAAUCCUGCCAGCAAACACUUCAUGUCGGAAACUACAUACACUGGUAUGGUCUUUCCUGAUUACUGCAGCGGAACAGCAUAUGUACUUUCUCGGCCAGCUUUGCUCAAGCUGUCGCUAGCGGCUGUUGCCAUACCUUUACCCAGACCAUUGCCCCCGGAGGAUGUGUUUGUAGGUAUUUGCGCUCACACGGCAGGCAUUACACCUACCCAUUCUCCACUCUUCUCUGGAGGUCCGGCUGUACCAUACAGUCGUUGCUGCUACCAAACUAUGGUAUCUGUCCACCACACCAAGCCAGGGGACAUGUUGCACUACUGGACAGAAGUACACUCCACUGCCCCAUGUUCAUGGUUGGGUAUGCGGACAUCUCUUGGUGUCUGUAAAAUAAGAGCACUUCUUGGGACACUGUUGGGGAAAGACUCCUAAAACGAAGAUCAUUAAAUCUGAGGAGCCUGUAGGAAAGUAAAGUAUUGUGAAAAAAACUAAAAAAGCACAAAGGGUAUUCUUUGGUGAUACUAUGCACUGCAACAUAAUUUUGUUAUUAUAAAGUACUUGAAUUUAUGUUCACCGCUUUACCCAGCAUGUGCCUUUCAUGAUUACAUUUUUAUGCUCAAAGUGGGCCGGUAUGAACAGGGACACCGUCCUGGCACUUCAGUAUUAUAAUCUUUAGAAUACCUUCACUUUUUCUUUAGAACCGAUGUUACCGGUACUUAGCCAUUCAGAGUCAAAGUGUCUGUGUCUGGGUGAUUAGUAAUGAUACACUCCAUAAAUCACACUACCCAAGAGGAGGCACCAUAGUAGGAGAUCACGUUAAUGCUAGCGGAGUCUGUCUGAUCUAUUGCCGCAGAGGACACACACACAAUAGUAUCAAAUCAGUUGUUUCGCAGAUGGUUCCUUUAGUAAAUAAAUUUAUGAUCUACCAGCAAUAUCUCAAAGUAUUUUUUUUUUACCAUUGUAGAAAUUUCAAAUAUGAUGAUGAUUUGCAUAUGCCAGCCAGUGUACCUACCAGUUCCUACAGGCACUUUAUUUCCCCACUACAAGCACUGUAUGAAUACUAUAUAAUAACAAAAUAUAAUGGGAACACGGCUUGGCCCAAGAAGAAGUCAAAAAUGAAUUUCAGUUGGCUGACAGAGUUUACCGAAGACUUAAUUCUCCAUAUUUUCAAAGGUUGAAGAAAUUAGUUUAAGGAUCCAGUAGGGCUGCAAGAUAAUGGUUGAACAGUUAGUCAAUUAUUUUGCAAAACAAAAUACAAUCAUGAUUACUGUCAUUUUAACUUUAAUUUUGAUUUGUUACCAAUGCAAGAUAAUGCAAAUAAAAAAUGAAAAUGAGACAUUUUCAGGAUAAAUAACCAGUGGGCAAAUAUCACAGACAUUUAUGCUUCUUAAAAUGUUAGAAAUAUAAAUUGUGAUCACUAUUAAAAUUUGAUUCAUCGUGCAGCCCUAGUAUCCAGUCUUUAACUAACUUAAAAAUACAGAAACUCUUGUAUUUUACACAAAAUCAACUGACAUUAUUCCUACAAGUUCUAAAGAUUAUCACAGAGUUAACAGUAGUAUUCUUAAAUCACAAGAAUCGAUUAUUCUAGCCUGUUUUCAGUUAAUGGAUGGAACGUUGAAGGGCACUUCCCAUCCAAUAUAUCGCAAUAAGCAUUGUGCUUUGGUACUUUUCAUAUGAAAGUCUCAGAUUUCAAAUUAUGUCCAUUGUAUUGCAGUAUUCAAACAAUAAAUGUCGUUUUGGUUAGGGAUGCACCGAAUGUUCGGCAACCGAAAUUAUAAGGCCAAAAAUAGUCAAAAAAAGCACUUUCGGUAUUCGGCCGAAUAAGUAAAAAGGCCGAAUAAAUUUUGCCGAACAAUGACGUUUUUAAUGACGCGAUCAAAUAGUAACCCGCGUAGAGUGAGAGGCGCGCGCUUUAUGCAGCAAACAUGUCAGCAGUGUGGAAGCACUUUAAAGUGUCAGAGAAAGAGGCAAAAACGGCCGUUUGCAGACACUGUUCUGCUGAAUUGUCCAGAGGGGGUGCAUCUGCAAAAACGUACAGCACUUCAAGUUUAAUUUAUCACUUAAAAUCAAGACACCCCGAACAUCAUGCAGAGUACGAGAAAGACACGGCGGCGGCUACUCAGAACCCCUGUACUGCAUCGCGACUGUGCUUGAUCCACGAUAUAAAGAUCAUUACUUGGAUUUGGGAAAGCCGCUAGGUGAUGGAGACGGUCAGGUGAUGCACAGCGCAGAGAGUAAACGCGCUCGUACUACAGAUGAGCCGCGCACAGUCUCGUUGUCUGACAUGUUCGAUGAGAUCCUCCAAGAGAAUAACCCAUUUGCAAGACAGAGGACAAGCUCAACAGUUAGAUACAUUUACAUUUAUGCAUUUAGCAGACGCUUUUAUCCAAAGCGACUUACAUUGCAUUCAAGUUACAGUUUUUACAUUUUAUCAGCUCUUGCUUUCCCUGGGAAUCGAACCCAUGAUCUUAGCGUUGCUAGCGCCAUGCUCUACUAUUUGAGCUACAGGAAAGUUGGUUGUCUCUCAGAAGUCCCCAUCCCCAGGAGCAAUAACCCUCUCGAAUUUUGGAGGACCAAUCAAGGCCGCUUUCCCGACCUGGCGCAGAUGGCACGCAGGUAGGCUACUUGUAUGGGAAAUUAAUUUAAGAUUUUAUUUAUAUUUUGGAUUAUGGUAACACUUUAUAUUUCUAUUUUUAACAUUAACUAACAAUGAAAAACUCUUAUUAAAAGCAUUUAUUAAUCUUAAUGCAGUAUUAAAAUUAUCACAUUUUUAAUUUUUGAAUUAAAAAGUAUCAAAAGUGGUAGGCCUAUUUGUUAAAAUUGUUAAUGCACUUAUACUAACAUGAACUAAAUAUUUUUUAUUAUCUUACAUUAACGAAGAUUAAUAAAUACCAUAACAAAUGUAUUGCUAAUUGUUAGUUAAAGCAAUAAUGUUAACAAAAGGAAACAUCGAAAAAUGUUACUACCUAUAUUUUAUAUUAUGUAUUUUGUGAAAAUUUAACUAUUUUCAGUGUAGUAAAAUAGUAAGCCUACACUGGGUUUCAACCAUUUCAUUAUCUUGAAGACAUUUUUCGUUUUGAAAUGAGCAACUGUCAGAAAACUGCAAUAAAAAUUGCAACUAUUCUGCAGGUACUUGUCUGCUCCAUGCACAAGCACCGACAGCGAGAGACUGUUUAGUGCUGCAUCUCAUGUCAUCGAUGAGAAGAGGAACCGACUUUCAUGUGAGAAAGCAGAGAAGCUACUUUUCAUAAAGAAGAACCUGCCACUUUUCCUGAAGAAGUAGGCUAAGUAGGCUUAUGUCUAGGACAGUUAUUUAUUUGUUGUUACAUUUUUUGCACUAUUCAAUGCACAUUUGUUGUUGUAGACAUACAGAGUUACAUUCUUUCAGCAGUCAGUUAUAGGCCUAACAUAGGCUAUUCAAGAAGGGGGGCUUCAAAGAUGGCCAAAUAAAAAUAUAUUUUUUAUUUUACUAAUUUAUUUAUUUUAAGUUAUAUUGUGCUUUGUUUGUAUAAUAUCUGCUGGAAUGUUAAAAAAAUGUUCAGUGUUAAAUAAAUAUUUUGAAAUUAUAUUUUUGUUAUUUGAUUUAUUUCUCUGAAAAGCAACACAAAAUAGUAAAAAGCAAAUUUGUACUAUUUAAUUAUUGUAAUGGUGAAAAAAUUGGCAAAAUAAAUGGAAAAAAUGCGAAACACCGCAUUCGGUAUUCGGCCUUCGGCCUUCGGCCAAGCAUUUCAUUAUUAUUAUUCGGCUUCGGCCAAGAAUUUCAUUUCGGUGCAUCCCUAGUUUUGGUGCAGUUUAAUGUGGAGUGACUGAUCGCUGGAGCGCCUCAGUUCAUAUGACAUAACAUACUUGGUGAACAUAAACUGUUAAGAGAGGGGCAUUUUGCUAAAUAUAUGCACCAUAUAACACAUUCAUUAUAAAUGUUACUGUUCUUCAAUGUUUAAUUUAUGCUUGAAUAAAUCCAUCAAGUUUUUAUGACAGCCACCAUUAUGUUUAUUUAUUUUUUAUUUUUUAAGAAAUGGAAGUAGAAAUAUUUACAAUUACAAUGUAAUUGUAACUAUUAUUUUAAAAACUUAAUUAAGUGUAAUUUUAACAAAUCAGUCAAUUUUAACCUUCAAUAUUAAUGUAGUACCAACUGACUCGUGUAUAUUUUACAGCAUUAGUUGAAAGAUUUUUUAUUUCCUUGAGAAAAAUUGGCAUGUACUGUACGUACUUGAUAUAUAUCCAAAAUAAUCGAUAUUGAAUCGCAAGCUUGUAAAUGAGAAUCGAAUUGUGAAAUUUGUGUCAAAACCAAGCCCUAGUUAACAGGACAACAAAUGCUCUUCCCACUUGAGAGAAUGAUUCAGCCAACAGCUAAUUGAAAUUAACAUUACUAUAAAUUCCCAUGUAAUUUUAGGUGAAACUAUGCUUACAUAAUGAAAUAUUGGGAAUAAGAAUGUAAAAUUAUUUAUUUGCCAAACAACAGUAAUUUUUUUGCAGAUCUGUGCCAGUGACGGAGGGUUUUGAGUAACCAGAUCCACAGAAGCUUUUGCACCUCUGCUCUGUUGCUGUGCAUACAUGGUCAUGAUUGUUGCAUUGGGCUGUUGGUCCGUGGGCCGUUUCAUGUGAAAUAAAACUGGAAAUCAGGUUCGGGCUGGGGUUCUAAUGUUCUUGUGGGCCUUUAUAAACCUCUCGGGCCUGCAUGCCUUUUCCCCCGCUGCAAUGACAUUUGUGUGUAAG